ACACCGCUGGCUACUUGGCUGCGGCUGCCUAGCUCCUCCAGUUUGCUUAGAGCCCAGCGGCCCUGCAGACUUGGCACAGAGCACACCCACCUGCCUUUGUCACAGCACACUAAGAAGGUUCUCUGUGGUGACCAGGCUGGGUAGAGGGCUGCUGGGUCUGCAGGCGUCAGAGCAUGGAGGGGUCCCUCCAACUCCUGGCCUGCUUGGCCUGUGUGCUCCAGAUGGGAUCCCUUGUGAAAACUAGAAGAGACGCUUCGGGGGAUCUGCUCAACACAGAGGCGCACAGUGCCCCGGCGCAGCGCUGGUCCAUGCAGGUGCCCGCGGAGGUGAACGCGGAGGCUGGCGACGCGGCGGUGCUGCCCUGCACCUUCACGCACCCGCACCGCCACUACGACGGGCCGCUGACGGCCAUCUGGCGCUCGGGCGAGCCGUACGCGGGCCCGCAGGUGUUCCGCUGCACCGCGGCGCCGGGCAGCGAGCUGUGCCAGACGGCGCUGAGCCUGCACGGCCGCUUCCGCCUGCUGGGCAACCCGCGCCGCAACGACCUGUCCCUGCGCGUCGAGCGCCUCGCCCUGGCGGACAGCGGCCGCUACUUCUGCCGCGUGGAGUUCACCGGCGACGCCCACGAUCGCUAUGAGAGUCGCCAUGGGGUCCGUCUGCGCGUGACUGCAGCUGCGCCGCGGAUCGUCAACAUCUCGGUGCUGCCGGGCCCCGCGCACGCCUUCCGCGCGCUCUGCACCGCCGAGGGGGAGCCCCCGCCCGCCCUCGCCUGGUCGGGUCCCGCCCCAGGCAACAGCUCCGCUGCCCUGCAGGGCCAGGGUCACGGCUACCAGGUGACCGCCGAGUUGCCCGCGCUGACCCGCGACGGCCGCUACACGUGCACGGCGGCCAAUAGCCUGGGCCGCGCCGAGGCCAGCGUCUACCUGUUCCGCUUCCACGGCGCCCCCGGAACCUCGACCCUAGCGCUCCUGCUGGGCGCGCUGGGCCUCAAGGCCUUGCUGCUGCUUGGCAUUCUGGGAGCGCGUGCCACCCGACGCCGACUAGAUCACCUGGUCCCCCAGGACACCCCUCCACGGUCUCAGGCUCAGGAGUCCAAUUAUGAAAAUUUGAGCCAGAUGAGUCCUCCAGGCCACCAGCUGCCACGUGUUUGCUGUGAGGAACUCCUCAGCCAUCACCAUCUAGUCAUUCACCAUGAGAAAUAAAGGACAGUACCAGGCUAGACCUGGACAGCUCAUAAUUCCCAGGUUCCUUGGCCAGGCAACAUCCAAGGGGACCAGGACCCUGCUCACAGAGGCUCCGAGCCUCACGGUAUUAUAACAACAGUGGAGCCAGCAAUCUGGGUGUAUAUGUAUGCCGACAUGAGCCUCAGCAUGAAACUUCUGGAAAAACUCCCCUUGUUUUAUUCUUUCUUAGAACUACGUAGUAAAGCAGACAGGAAACUAGCCAUAAUGUCUGGAGGUCCAGGCUCCAGUCUGCUCUGUCAUGGACUUCCAGUGCGGACCAGGACACUUCACCUAUCUGGGGCUCAGCUGAAGAAAUAGAAGAUCUGAAAGACCUGCAUAAACUCCAACGCUAGCUCAAAGGUGGGCCUCUGGAUUGCUGAAUUCUUAGGUAGGUGUGGCACUGCUCAGCCCUGUGGAGAACAAAGCCUGAGACUGGAGCUGUGCAAACUGAUCAGAGGUACAGCAAACCCUGGGAAUGUUAUAGCAAGAAGUGUGGAGCCCCUGCCUACCUGUGAUCAUAUCAGCUGACCCACACUUCCUUAAUCUGGGACCCACCAAGAGAAGGAGACUGAAGACCCAUAGUCUCAAAGCAUCUGAAAGCUGUAUGUCAAAACCUGGGAGACCUGAAGGGGCUCUGGGUCCCAGUAGUUAAGGCAGCUGUGGCUCUGACCCCUCCUGGGGAGUGCACUCCCUCCUAGGAUGUGAAAGUCCAGGAGAUCUGGCAGUGUCUUCCCACUUGCCCAAACCCAGCCAGGCUAACUUCAAGAGUGGUGCUUUCCUUAUUUACACUUCGGGUGCAUUUGUUGGUCCUAUUAAAGGAGAGAGGUGUACUUGGGACCAAGUGAGCCACAAGACAGGAGGCUAAGGAGACCAUGUUUUUCUGGGGACGGCAUCUCUAUGUACAGGGCAAUCGGUUUCAGGCUUCCCACUGCGCCAGAGCUUCAGGCGAGGCGGAGCUCAGCCAAGGGCAAUGGCAGAUCAUAGUUAUUCCCAGAUCCAUCGAGAGCUGUUAAGAAAGCACAUGGGAGAUCUUUCCAUCUUCUGAGACUCGAAGUUCUUAUCAUACAGAUCUUUCACUUGCUUAGUUAGAGUCACACCAA